AUGGAUUUAAGCAACAGACUUUUUGUUUUCAUAGAAACAAUUAUUGAAAGCAUCACUAACGCACUACCAGUAAAAUUAUCUAGAAAAUCUCCCCCGAGGAAAGAUUCGCCUAUGAAAAUUGAGACUUUGCAAACUUACGCUCCCGAACUACUACCAAAUGAUACAUUGGACAUACCGAGACCAGUAUUAAUUAUAGCGGAAGAUCCUCCUAUAGAAGAAAGCCCAAUCACCAAGGGUAACCUCAAAAUUCCUAAGAUGCCGCUAACGAACAGUGACGUAUUUAAACCGGCAGAGAGAAAACUUAACAUUGUAACAGAAGAUGUUGCUUGUAAUACAGGAAAUGAUAAAGAUGUAGCCGGGGAGAUUGCCAAAUAUGUGGGGACGCUGAGAAGAAUAUCAUUGAUCGCUGAAGAGUUUAAUCAAAAGACAGCUAAAAACCUCAAAGAAAUAGUGGACAGCGUCCAAGAAGAUCUUAUCAAAAAGUUAGAAGAAAUACAAACAGACCAAGCAAUUAAACCAGAAAGUACAAGAAACAUCACAAUAGAAGCAGCUAUUAAAAAAUAA